GAACGCCUUGUGAAAAUCACUUUCCCGGGUGAGAAACUGCAAAAACUUAUUUUCGCUUUUCCCAUUGCUGUAAACUAUAUCUCUGCCAUGAGUGAUAUGCUAAAGUUUCUUAGCCUUGUAGGGCAGCUGAAGAGAACCAAACGUACAGGGUGGGUUGACCACGGCGUAAAGGCACCAGAAAGCGUCUCGGAUCACAUGUAUCGCAUGGCGGUUAUUUGUUUUCUUCUUCCCUCAAAAUCCACCGCUGCAACCGGCGACACGUUAAACAAAGACCACUGCAUAAAGAUCGCUCUAGUUCACGACAUCGCGGAAUGCAUUGUAGGGGACCUCGCACCAUCUGACGGUGUAAGCAAAGAGGAAAAACACAAGAGAGAAAAGGCAGCCAUGGAAGAGUUAGCAAUACUUGCUGGCGAAGAGGCAGGGAAAGAGAUAUACGAGUUAUGGGAGGAAUACGAAUUUCAGAAAUCACCUGAGGCGAAAUUUGUGAAAGACGUGGAUCGUUUUGAGAUGAUCUUGCAAGCGCAUGAGUACGAGACGGAGGAACACAAGACCGAAUGGUUGCAAGACUUUUUUGAUAGUACAAAGGGGAAGUUUGGUCACCCUGUGGUUAAAGACUGGGUAGCUUCAUUGAACAAGGCGAGGGUGGAUAAUAAACAACAGACGUCAUAGCCAGACCUACUACUGGUGGUUAAACACAUUUGUUGCUGACUUUAAAUCAUGGGCAAUGGAUAUGGGGUGUAUAUACAUAUACUAAAUUUAUUCAAAAAUAGGGGUUCUUUUGCCAUUCAAUUUUUCAGCCUUCCACCAAACAAAUAAUGUGCUUAAAAAACAAAGCUAUUGUCCGCCAUCAUUUCAAAAUUUCUAUCGGUGCUUAGGGUUGAGAUACAGAUGGUUUUCAUCAGGUGUAGGGUGUUUCUUUUUAAUUUUGUUGGUAAAAGAUGCAAAGCUUAUUUUGAAUUCAUUUAAAGGUUAUAUUUUAAGGAAUGUUAAAAUAACAAUAUAAGCAUUUAUUAUUUAUCCCCCACAAAUGUAUUGCUAUGUAACAAGUCCCCUAGCCUAGUCCCCAGGCUUCUCCUUUGUCAGCUCAGGCCCCAUAAUGCAACACGGUCACAUUUUUUUUCAAAGUGGCGGAUUGUUGUAGUGCUGACAUUCCUUGGGCAAGCAACAAAUCAUAUGUGAUGUCCAAAAAAGAAGCCAUGCAGCGAAAAGGAGCCUUGGGACGAGGCUACAAGUUAGCAUCUAUAUGGAGCAGAAGGAUAGGAAAUGAUGACUUUAACACACAACAUUUUCACUACAAUGUAUAUUUAUUUAUACUCUGAUAUGCUCACAUGUGGAGCAAAUAAAUUAAUAAUUAUUUUCCAUACCAAUAAACUAUUAGAAAGAUA